GCGGACGCUGCGAGCGUUAAGUGGAACGCACCCAAAGAUAUACUAUGACCGUGUGCCAUCAGUUUUACUUUAUUAUCUUCUAAAUGCAGAGCAACGAUUUUUUUUCUUUAUUUAUGGAUAAAGUGGAAUCGAAUGAGUGUAUUCUUAUUACAUUUUAAGGUAGGAAUUCUUAGAUAGAGAUAAGAUUGUUAGAGUUGCAAUUUAUUAAAUUAAAAAUGAUAGAGGCACCGUCAUGGAAUUCCAAGAAAGAUGAGAGUAUUUACAAAGCUGCGGGUGCUAUACAUCUACGAAAAUAUGGAGAAUUCUUUGAGAACUUGUUGGAAAAGUCCUGGAAGAAUGACUCAAUGUUGGAAUACAUUAUGGAAGGUCCUCUACGCCUAAUUUAUAAAGCAACAGAGGACCUUGGCAUCCCUUCACUGGUAGAGAUGGAAAACAAAAUUCUGUCCAAAUUAUUGGCAGCUGUGGCAGGAACAUGUAGGGAAAUCAGAUUGUUGAAGGUAGAAGCUACUGACUUCUAUGCGAAGCUCUUUGCUCAUGGGGAGAGGUGCUUGAAUGAAGAUCUCAUUGGUAUAUCAACUACCAAAUUGCUGUCGGAUCUUUUGGAUUUAUCCAUUUUUGCUAAUCGGACAAUAGCUGUUAUAUACUUGACUACACAACAAUUGGCAAGUUUGUCUGGCACUGUCCAUGAGAUUUACUUGCCCGUCCUGCUAGAAGGCUUCAUUGAUCUAUUCAUAAUUCUUGUGACUCUCGAUGAGAUUGUUGAUGCUCAACCGACAAUAUUAGAUCAAUGGAAGAAGUACAGAAUGCAUGUACGCUCCAUGAUGCACAAUCCACUACAAUUUGGCGUUGCUGAAACAAAGCUGGAGACAUUUGAUCACCUACUCAAAGAUCUGCAAGAAAAAUUACUGCGAAAGAACAUGUUUAUUAAAACGAUUGAACAUGUAAUGGAUAUAAAUAAGGGUGCAAUGAUGAAUGAACAGAUUGUUAGUUACCUAAAAAAUAUAAUCACAGAUAUAGAAAACAAAUCUAAUGAUUGUGCAUUGUUGAACAGAAACUGGAUAAGAGCUAACAUCGGUAUUGCUUUGGUAAUAAAGCUAUUUGGCACUUGUGAUAAGAAACUAAUCAGAAGAGUAUUGGAUACUAACAAGAGAUUCUAUGCAGUUACAUUAGUGGGAAAUGUGAUGUGGGUACCUAGCAAAUUCCUCAGCAGUAUUGUACCGAAGGAAACUGGCAGUAUCAUUAAUCUGCAAAUAGGUGAAAAGAUACUGCAAGCGAGAACACAACGAUUAUCGGUCACGAUAAAUAAUUUGAUACAACGAGGGAUGACUUGGUGCAUGGAAAUGCAAAGCAUCCUUACAAGGACUAAUCUUCAAGUGUCAGAUAUUGGGCAGAAGCGUAUACUAUUGACAGAUUUGUUGACUUUGCUGUCUCAGAUGCAAGAAACCGUUGCAUUUGUGACAAAUUUGCAUGCCUUAUUAUCAAAGCCAAUGAGUCGCGGCACAGUGCAGCUGAUCUGCAGACUUAUAGAGUUGCAAAAAUCUUUGCAGACGAUGUUCUAUGCAUUUGGGCCGGUUGUGGUGCAAUCACAGGCACAGGUACUCCAAUAUCUAGCUUAUUAUAUACUAAUUAUGUUGGAAACAACACGUAAGACUCUCAUUCAGAAAGAUAAGAGUUAUAGCAGGGAACGGCUAGAUGCGUUGUCAUUAAUAGGGCUAAGUAUGCGGUUGAUAGCAGGACCAGCAAGCGUAGAUAGGCGACUGAUAGUGCGUUGUUCAUUGGCGUGCGCUACUCAGUUGACCGAUACCUUCCGCGAGGAAGAUGUGGUAAAACUGCGAUUCUUGUUGGAUAGUUAUGAUGCUGUGGCCGAAUUGUAUGAAUUGGUCAAUGAGCAUAGUGACUACUCGCUGCUGUUACAUCAUCAAAAUAUGCUGCCUGCCUAUCUGUCUUCGAUCGUCGAUGGCAAUAGAAAUAUUUGUCACAUCACUCACCUGUUUGCCGCUUUCAACUGCGCCAUAGACGAGCAAAAGUUCGCUGAAUUAAGAGUAAAACGUAUCGAGGAGCUCCGAGAUAGCUUAGUGAAAAGUGUACUGAAGCCGGCUUGCCACGAGAUUGAAACCAGUUUACGUUUACACGUGCACGCACAUCUUAAACUGGAUUCUACAAAUCCUUUUAAUAUUGGCGCCAAAGAUGGUGGUAGGGUGGUGCGAGCUCCGCCGUUUUCUUUGGCCGAAAAUAUGAUCUGCACUAAAAAAUUCAUUGAACAUUAUCUGGACGAUAUGUUCUACAAUUUGACGACAGUGGCCUUGCAUGAUUGGAGAACUUAUCGAACCAUGCAUGCAUUGGCUAGUUAUAAGAUGGGUUUGGACACAGUGCAGGAUCAUCUACCGACGCAGACUCUCGAACAGGGUUUGGACGCUCUAGAGAUCAUGCGUAAUAUUCACGUGUUCGUUUCUAGGUACUUAUACAAUCUGAAUACACAGACAUUUGUGGAGCAUAGCAGCGGCAAUAAGCAUCUAAAUACCAUUGGUAUCCGGCACAUUGCCAAUUCGAUUCGCACUCAUGGCAUCGGCAUCAUGAGCACCACGGUGAAUUUCGUUUAUCAGUUCUUGCGUGUCAAGUUGCACACUUUCUCACAAUUUCUUUUUGACGAGCAUAUCAAAUCGCGGUUGAUGCGCGAUAUUAGAUUUGUUCGGGCACAACGAGAAGCUGGCGCCAUUCCGUACACUUACGAGCGAGCAGAAGAAUUCCAAAAAGGUAUUCGGAAAUUGGGUAUGACUGCUGACGGAUUAAGUUACCUAGACCAAUUUCGCCAGCUGAUCACACAAAUCGGCAAUGCGCUCGGUUACGUACGGUUGAUUCGUUCCGGUGGUCUCCACGCUAGUUUCAAUGCGGUAUCUUUUCUGCCGAACAUUGAGAGAACGGUACCAUUCGAAUCACUUUGUCGUAGAUUAAAUUAUAGUACCUCGACACAGGCUGCGGCCAGGCGAUUGGAGAGUGAUAUUGCUGAUUUGGUACGUAACUUCACCGAAGGUAUCCAAUACUUUAAGUUGCUAGUCGAUGUAUUUGCAUCGGCGUUCCGUGCCGCUAAGUCCUACCAUCUGCAGCAAUUUUAUGCCAUUGUGCCGCCACUGACGCUCAGCUUCGUCGAUAAUUCUGUCUCCAACAAGGAAAAGAUGUUUAAAAAAAAUCAAACCGGCGCAGCUUUCACUGAUGAUGGUUUUUCUAUGGGUAUUGCCUACAUUAAUGCACUUCUUGAUCAAAGUAUUGAACUGGAUGGUCUGCAUUGGUUUAAGACAGUGGAGCAGCACAUUGCUCAAGAAAAACUCACUGCUGAGUGUAAGGAUGAUCAUGGCGACGAAAAACUUCAACAGACUAGAGCGCUCACACUUCAACGCCUUACUGAGAGAAAUGCUGAAUUUCAACUAUUGUACUACAGCCUGUCUGGUGCCAGAGUGUUUUUCAGGCAAUCUGAUACAUAACAUCCAGUGCUCUUGGGUUAAUUGAGUCAAUUUUGUAAUUAGAAGAGAGAUAGGAUAAAUUGAAUUGGAUAAAUUGUGAUGAUUUAGAUAAAUAUGCGUUUGGAACCAUUUCUUCUCUAAUUUUUUAAUAUGAACGAAAUAUUUCGAAUAAAUAUUCCACAUUUUAAUGUCUCUUCCAAUUUAUUUUCGUACACACACAUUUUUCAUUAUAGCACAUAUUGUAAAUUAUUCCCUAGGAUUAGUUUUAUAUUCUCCACAUUCAGGACAUUGUUAUAUCAAAUUUUUGUUUAAUAAAUAAUGGCUAGAUUGAAUGACUAGGUGUUACAUCUAAGAAAAGGUGCAAUUACUUGCAAUCACAAGUAUAAUUGAAAAGAUAAAUGAAUGAAGGCAUCUAAUAUUCAUAUAGUGUUUGAAACUUUGAAUUCAAUUACUCAUCACAAUAUUAAUAGAUAUUAUUUAAUGAGAUAGAUUAUUUAUGAUAAUGCAAAUUUUAAGAACGCAAACCUUCAUCCAUUUCACCGGAUCAGAUAUUUCAUCAAGCUAGAUCUAUGUCUUUUUAAGGACUUAAUUUUUAAAAGAAUCAACUUCUUUUCAAUCGAUAAUGUAUUUCUUAAAUUUUCAAUUAACUAUCUUGCAUGUCUAAUUAAUAAUAACGCACUAUCGGCGUGUGUGUGUGUGCGCGCGCGCGCGUGUGUAUAUGUAUGCGUGCGCACAAGUGCGUGUAUACUUCAUUACUUUCGCCAUAUAUGGUAAAAAAUAAAUGUGUUACGUAUUUUGUGUAUAUUA